AUGGAAGCCGUCGACGUGUCUCAGCAAUUCACCGCCACCUCCCAUGCCGUCCCCUCACCCACCGCAUCCCACCUCGCCUUCCUCUCCCAUGGCCGCCUCCAGAUCCGCUCCCUCACCAGCUUUGACCUCAUCCGCAACAUCCCCCUCCCUUCUUCCCACAAUCUCCGCCACACUCGCAUCGCAUGGUCCCCGCCUGUCCUCGCAUCCCUCUCGCGACGGCCGUCAUCGUCAUCGGUGUCCACACCUCCUCGUCGCUCCUCGCCUCCACCCCAGCCCCGCUCGAACCGCCUCCUCGUGACCGACGACGACACGACGCGCGUCUACGACCUGCGCGACGAGAAAUGGAGCGCCGUGGUUAGCAAUGGCUCGGGCGGCAUGGGCAAAGUCGCACACGUCGAGUUUGGCGCCACCGAGGACGACGUGUUGGUGUGGAGCGAGUUUUGUGCGGCGGUCAAGGCGUGGUGUUUGAGGAGUGGGCGGUCGGUCGAGAUUAGGGAUCCCAAGUUUGUUGGCCGCCAUGGACGCGGAUGGGGCCUGAGGCCGUGGGAUACUCGUGGUGCGAGAGAGGGUCGAGGCCGGGUCAUGGCGCUGCUGUGUCGAAGCGCAGGCCUCGACAUUCUCAUGAUUUUGGCACCGCGCACCUACGCAGUCGUCAAUCGCGUGGAAUUGCCUACAGCCGACGCAGCAGGCUUGAAAUGGAGUCGCGAUGGUCGCUGGCUGGGCAUCUGGGACACCGCCUCGUCUGGCUACAAACUGUACAUUUACACGGCAGACGGCCAUCUCUACCGCACCAUAACGCGCGAGCCGGCCGCCGACUCCGACGUUGAGGCAAAUGAGCAGCACACAAUCGAAGGCCUGGGCAUCAAGAGCGUGGAAUGGGUGCCAGGCAACACAUACCUCGCCAUUGGCGGCUGGGACAAGCGCGUCCGCAUCCUCUCCGCGCGCACCUUUGCCCCCGUCGUCUUCCUCGACCACACGCCCACCAUCCACGUGCCCAGCGCGCCAGUCUACACGGAAGCCGUCGACGCCCAGGGCACCCGGACCUACAGCCUCACGCCACAGCCCACGACGCCGCCCAAAGUGGCACUGGAAAAGAAUGAGUCACCGCUGAUGAAGCAGGGCAUCAGCCUGCUUGCUUUCAACGCAGAUGGCACCCUCUGCGCCACACGCGACGAUGCCAGUCCCGCGACGGUGUGGAUCUGGAACUUGCGCAGUCUGAGCCCGAGCAUGAUUUGUAUACACUUCGCCCCGGUUCGCCAGCUCCUGUGGCACCCGCAGGAUCCCUCACGCCUGCUGAUUCAGACGGCGCCAGAGGUGCCCGUGGUGUACUUGCUUACACUUGCGCCCGUGGGCUUGGCUUGUCCGUCUGCUGCGGCUUCUACGUGCGCAGCGGAGGAGAAUGGGAAUCGGAAUGCGGGCUCGUCGAUGUCGUUGACCCCACAACCCCCAGCUAUCCUCACUCUCGCCCCUCAUCUCGCCAAAGCCCAGGCGUCUAGUUCUACAUGGCCAGCUACAGCUACUGCAACAUCAACAUCCUCAACCCCAUCCCCACCCCCCAAACACACACUCCACUGGCUCACACCCCCCACCACCACCCCCUCCUCCCCCCUAUCCUUCCUCCUCUCCCACACCCACGCCCACAUCAUCACAUGGCCCGCAGGCAACCACAAACCCGACCUCACACCCACCACCGACUGCAAAACCCAAAUCCACACCUCCAUCCAAUCUCAUCACCCCGAGACUCCAACCGAUCCCCACAUCAACCCGAAAGUUCACGCCGACUCCGAUAGCGACGAUAGUCUGUAUGAGAUUUUGACGGGGAGGAAGGCACGGGGUGCGGAGGGGGUGUGGUUUAGUAGGGAUGGGGUGGAGGGGGUGGAGGAUGAGGAUGGGGAGGUGGAUGGGGAGGGUGUUGGUGAGGACGAGGAUAUAGUGGGGGAUUUGGAUGACACGUUUCGUGCGAAGAGGAGGGAUGCUGGUGUUGUGCGUGAUGAGAGUGUGUCUGUGUAUGAUGAUGGCUACGGCGAUGGCGAUGAUGAUCUCCAUACUCACGCUACACACGCACACGCAUACCACACUCACACACACGCCCCAGGACUAGGCGAAAGUGGUCUAGAUGAAAUGUUCUAA